AAAGCCAUCAUGAGUGAUAUUUCUGGCUCUACAGACUGGCUCGACGUCGCACACCAGCUAACGGAUGAGGACGACCUGUCGCUCUCCUUUCCAGACCCGCUAGACAAGAGCCACUUUGAGAAUGCUUUGGAGCACCAAUCAAGCGUCUCUCAAGCUACAGACGAGUGGCCAUCAGAUAUUGAGUCUACAGCUAGUACUACCAAUCAGAGCAGUCAUGACGAAAACCUCAUGGCGAUCCCACAUCAUAUGUCCGAUUCUUUGCAGAAUACAAAUGCAGAUAACUCUUUGAGCUCAUCCGCACGCACUAUAAAAAGUGGCACAUCUACACACUCCCCUUUCAAACUCGUUGUCUUCAACAUGGGCGAUUUCCCCAAUGUAUCACAACGCAUCAAAUCGUCUUUUAUUAAGAGUGUAUACGACAAUAUUUCAGGUUUUGUCAUCGAGAAGGAUCAUACUAAGUAUAUCAUCAAUGCGAGCAACCCUGAUAUUUGUUUUCCUGUCAAUGAUGAGGAAUGGCGUAAGCCGGGCAACUUCUUUCAGCUUUACUUUGAGGAUGUCAGUAUCGACAGCGAUAAAUUACAGGACUCAAUUUUCAAAAUUUUACUUGAAAAUUUGCCCACUAUCGUUGUCAUUCCUACAAAUGCUCUUAACAAUGAGACUAUUAUGGUAUAUGCAAAUGCUUUAAAGCUCAAGUCUAAGCUUAAAAUUAUCAAAUUUGAUUUGGAUGAAACUGAAGGAGACUUGGAUGAAGAGACACUCACACUUAACGAACUAACUAACAACACAGCUUCACAUAAGCUUAGGAGCUUGUUUGGAGAUCUCGAAGGCACCGAAACUGAUGAAAACUUCGCAGCGUAUGACACCAAGGAACAUUUCCAACCGGAGAAGGUUGAGGAAAAGUGUAAUAGGGCCAGCUUACAGGCCGAACUUACCGAUGUAUGUUUCAGGUAUUCUCUCUGGUCCUUUAAAUAUACGUGCAGCGUUUUCGGGCUGUUACUAGUAUCUAUGCUAGCACUGAAUGUUUUUAAAUUGGCUACUGAAGGUAGCUACGACACUUACUGGUUAUCAAAGUUGAAUAACACAUCGUACACUCAACCAAGGAGUAGCUCCUCGGCUGAUAAGGCCCCCUCUUGCCAUAUUACGCCAUCGCUCAGCUUUAAGCCCCUCCCGAUGGGUAAUUAUAGAUUAAAGACAAUCGAUCAGGCUAAGCCAACAACCGAUUUGUCAAUUUUCAAUCAGGUUUUAGAUGUUGUCGCGCAUAUACCCAAGCGAAAUGCACUUAAUAGCCAGACAAAUCAAAAUGAGUUAACUUUACGGGAACAAUUGAAUAUUGACACUGUUUUAAGUAAGGUGGAAGAAAUCUGCGGGCAAGCUUACGUUAUAUCACUUUACUACUUGGAUGAGCAUUUACGCCAAAUAGCUGCAUUGGUUGAGACUUUAAUUGGAAUUAGUUACACUGCUGCUGAAAUUGGUUACGAGAAUGCCAAAUUUGUUACGAAGCAUACUAUCGACUAUACAGCUAGUGUUUAUAACGAUGUCAUAAGACAUGCUCCACCUGUAAUUCGCAAGCAUGUUCGACAUGCGUCUAAACAGAUAAACCGCCUUAGUCAACAAGCAGAAUAUUCUAUCAAUGAUGGUAUAUCGUAUUUGAACAAGAAGUCAUAUAAUCACCUCAAGAGAGCGAGAGAUAAUUACAGACGCGUGUUCAAUAAGUUUGUAUAGAUCUAAUCAUCUUGGGUGAGUGGAAAGUUCUUAGAACUAGGAGGUUGGUUAAUACAAGAUCUUCAGAUAGCUAUUUUACAAGCCUUUUCUUUUUAUCUUUUUCCUUCUAUUUUCUUUGAAUUGUAUUUUGAUCGCAGGCUAUAUAUAUGUUUACGAAAGGUC